AUGGCUUCAGCAACUCCAACGGCCAUGGAGCCCGUCUUGGUCAAUGAGGUGGCCCCUCAGAAGUCAUGGAACGACGUCGCAGCUGCCAAGAAGGCCGAGCAAUUCUCCCGAAUCCCUGUUCAAUGGAGACUUGAGGCUGAAUACUUGGCUUCCACGGCGGCCACGGUCGACCUUCGUCCACUGGCAGCAACCUCUGGUAUUCUCUCGGAGCGAGAGCUUGAGAUCACCGGCGAGGCAUACGAUGCCACUGCACUGCUGGCAAAGAUCGCGAGCGGCACUUACACCGCUGUCGAGGUGGUCACGGCCUUUUGCAAGCGUGCUGCCCUCGCUCAGCAGCUGUGCAAUUGUCUUACUGAGAUAAUGUUCGUUGAGGCUAUUGCCGCUGCUGAAAAGCUUGAUGAGGUAUUCAAGCGGACAGGUCGGACCGUCGGCCCGCUGCACGGGCUGCCAAUGACUUUUAAGGAGUGUUUUCAUGUCAAAGGCUUUGAUGCAAGUGAUGGCUACAUCUCUAGAUGUUUUGAGCCGUCCACAACCACUAGCUACUUGAUUGAGACCGUCAGGGCUGCAGGUGCUGUGGUUAUAUCGAAGACCAAUACACCGCAGACUAUGUUGGUCGCUGAGGCUGAUAACAAUGUUUUCGGUCAGACCAGAAACCCUGUUGUCUCUCACCUCACAUGUGGAGGCAGUAGUGGUGGUGAAGGAUCUGUAGUGGCAUAUAGAGGCAGUGCAUUGGGUAUUGGAACUGAUGUGGGAGGAUCUAUUCGCAUUCCCGCUGCCGCAAAUGGAAUCUACGGCUACAAGCCAACCCUCGGUAUCUUACCGAUGUGGGGAUAUGCCGCGUCCAACUGGGCUGGCAUGAAUACCGGCGUGCCUGCCGUAUGCGGCCCCUUGGCCCACUCUGCUCGCGAUCUCACCAUGUUUACCAAAGUAAUCCGUGCUGCGCAACCGUGGCUAGGUGAUCCAGCAGUGAUACCAUUUAUUUGUGAGAAAGGUGUUUCGAAAAGAAAGCCUGUCAUCGGUGUGAUAGAGCAGAGCGGUCUUACACCGCACCCACCUAUCUUGCGGGCUAUCAGGGAUGCUGCUGCUAAACUGCGAAAUGCAGGCUUCGAGGUGAAAGAAUUCACGCCACCAGAUUUUGCUGAGGUUGGGAGGAUCACAAGAGAGCUUUUCACAUUAGAUGGAUUCUCAUAUCCAAAGCGGGAGAUGACCAAGGCUGGCGAGCCUGUUGUUCCGUCUGUGAAAGCUAUCAAUUUCUGGGACAUGUCAGCCAAGUCACCUGAGGAGAUGUGGGCAUGGAAUGCCAAGAAGAUAGGAAUUCAAAAGGCGAUGCUCGACUGUUGGCAAAAGGCCCAGAUUGAUAUCGUUUUGUGCCCGGCUGGUCCUCAUACAGCGGUUGCUCCCGGGCAUUGGAAGUAUGAUUACUAUACUGUGGUAUGGAAUGCUGUAGAUUAA